AUGUCGCGAGGCCCAGCCUACGACGCCGAGCCCAACGGCACCGCCGCCUCCUCCGCUGCCUCUUCCUCCUCCUCCUCCCCUUCCUCCUCCUCUUCCUCCUCGGGGGCCAGGCGCAUCGGCAUCCAGGAGUACGAGGACGAGUUCGAGCGCGGCCGCGCCCGCAACCGCGCCGAGAUCGAAGCCCGCGUCGCCCAGCAGCAGCAGGAGCGUCAGCAAAUCUACGAGGAAGGACGCCGAGUCGUGGGCGCCUCCGUCGCCAUGAGACGCCGCGUCAUGGCGCACUCAAUCGCCAGUACCAACACCGUCGACCGCUCUCGUUCCCGCUCUGCCGGUCCUUCCCUCCCGAUCACCAUCCCCGGUGCCGAUACAGAUCGCCGCGCUGCCUUUCGCCGCGCAGAGAUGGCUCGCCGCGGCGGUGGACACGAUGGCGACAGCGGCAAUGGCAGCUCUGGCUCCGACAAUGGCGGAUACUCGCCUGCGGAGCUCAGCGCCCAAGCUACCCGUCUUCAUCGUGGAAUCGGCGUUGGUCCCUCUUGGGUCGACCCAGCCGGACGUCUCCGCCAGUUGCCUUUGGGCACACGCCUCCCUUCUCCAGUCCCCCUUACCGAAGAGGAACUCCAUCGAGCUCGCACCCUCGGUGCCCAGCCGCUGCCCCCUUACCCGCGCCGCUCCCCUUCGCCUCGCUCGCGUCCCGUGUUUGGACCGAUUACCUACGCCGAGUACAUGCGCCGAGUCAUUGAGCGCGCUGAGGAGUACCGCGUCUUCUUGGGUCCUCGCCAAAUCUGA